AUGAGAGAAAUCAGAGGGCGUAACUACAGACACAACACCAACGGACACGUGGAUAAGCGGCUUCCUCACGAACUCGAAAUGCAGUCUGCGGUGAAACAGAACUACCAUGUGGAGACGGAGGAGGACAUUAACAAACUGGUGAACCUGAAGCUCACUGCGUCCUACACGUAUCUGGCUUUAGGAAUGUAUUUUGACAGGGAUGACAUCGCCUUGCCAAAUUUUUCCAGCUUUUUCCUUGAGCAGUCCAUAAAGGAGAGGGACCAGGCUGAAAAACUGCUGGAAUAUCAGAAUAUGAGGGGAGGACGAAUUUUGCUCAAGACUAUAGCUAAACCUACCAGGGAGGACUGGAGAGGUGGCCUGGAUGCAGUGUCCUUCUCUUUGGAGUAUCAGAAGUCUUUGAACACCUGCAUUCUGGACGUCCACCGCCGAGCUGGAACCAAUGGGGAUCCUCAUCUGUGUGAUUUUCUGGAAGAGAAUUUCCUCAAAGACAGUCACGAGACAAUCAAGAAACUGGGCGACUACAUGGGCAGUCUGGGCCGCAUCGCCACCAACGAGACCUCUGGUGCAAUGGGAGAAUACCUCUUUGAUAAACACACUCUUUAA